CAGAGCGGGUAGAGCUGCGAGAAAGCGAGCGGGAUGGCGCGCCGGUGACUGCCGCCCCUCUUUGAUUCUCCGCACCAUCCCAGCCCUGCGCACCGGCUGCUGCUCCUGCGGCCAUGGAGACCGUGCAGUUGCGACACCCGCGCCGGCAGCUAAGAAAAUUAGAUGAAGAUAGUUUGACAAAACAGCCUGAAGAAGUGUUUGAUGUGUUAGAAAAACUUGGAGAAGGAUCCUAUGGCAGCGUAUUCAAAGCUAUCCAUAAAGAAACAGGCCAAGUUGUUGCAAUUAAGCAAGUUCCUGUUGAGUCUGAUUUGCAGGAGAUUAUUAAGGAGAUAUCAAUAAUGCAGCAGUGUGAUAGUCCUCAUGUAGUCAAAUAUUAUGGCAGCUAUUUUAAGAACACGGACCUCUGGAUAGUAAUGGAAUAUUGCGGUGCCGGAUCUGUGUCUGAUAUAAUUCGACUACGAAAUAAAACGCUGAUGGAAGAUGAAAUUGCUACAGUAAUACAAUCAACACUGAAAGGACUGGAAUACCUACAUUUCAUGAGGAAAAUACACCGUGACAUCAAAGCUGGCAACAUAUUACUCAAUACAGAAGGCCAUGCUAAGCUUGCAGAUUUUGGGGUAGCCGGCCAGCUUACCGAUACUAUGGCAAAAAGAAACACUGUGAUAGGAACUCCGUUCUGGAUGGCACCUGAAGUGAUCCAAGAAAUCGGAUAUAAUUGUCUGGCAGACAUCUGGUCUCUGGGUAUCACUGCCAUUGAAAUGGCUGAAGGAAAACCUCCAUAUGCUGAUAUUCAUCCAAUGAGGGCAAUUUUCAUGAUUCCAACAAAUCCACCGCCAACAUUUCGAAAGCCAGAACUGUGGUCGGACGAAUUUACAGAUUUUGUAAAACAGUGUCUUGUGAAGUGUCCAGAACAAAGAGCCACUGCUACGCAGUUGCUUCAGCACCCAUUUGUAAAAAAUGCCAAAGGAGUUUUCAUCCUGCGCGAUCUGAUUAAUGAGGCAAUGGAUAUCAAACUAAAAAUUCAGGAAGCUCAACAGCGUGACUUGUUUCACGAUGAUGAAGAAAAUUCAGAAGAAGAUGAAACUGAUUCUAGGACCAUGGUUCGAGCAAGGGGACAAGAGGGUGGUACAGUCAGAGCUGCUUGUGGAAUGAGUGAUGGUAUCAAUACCAUGAUAGAAUACAAUGCCACUUUAGAAUCACAACUGGGAACAAUGGUCAUAAAUGCGGAAGAUGAGGAAGAUGAGGGGACCAUGAAAAGGAGAGAUGAAACCUUGCAGUCUGUCAGACCAUCUUUCCUUGAAUAUUUUGAACAAAAGGAAAAAGAGAAUCGACAAAACAGCUAUGGAAGGCAGGUGCCUGAAAGAUAUUCCUCAGAUUGGAGAGUUCCUCUGGAUGGUGAUUAUGAAUUUUUGAGGAACUGGACCGUUGAAGAACUUCAAAGACGACUUGGGGCACUUGAUCCCAUGAUGGAGCAGGAGAUAGAAGAGGUUCGCCAAAGGUAUCAGUCAAAGCGGCAACCAAUUCUAGAUGCUAUUGAAGCAAAGAAAAGACGCCAGCAGAACUUCUGAGGAAAACCUGGCAGUAGAAUAGAUGUCCAUCAUUCCUAACAAUAAACUGUUCUUCUAUGACUACUGUGUAGGUGGAUUUCUAUUUGGUAUCUGAUCCUUCCAUUUACUGUAGCACCUUUUCUAACUCAGGUAUGCCAUUGAAUGGAGUCCUCAUGAACAGAUCAUGCUUUGUAUGAAUGGUAGGUAGAUUUUAGAUACAUUGCAUGUUGCUUUUGAGAAAUCUUGACUUAGCUGGUUGCUAAACUUUGUAUUAGAAUCUGUGAAACAGUAGGAAAUGGACUUGAAGAAGGUUGGUACUCAGAUUUCCAGGCAGUUUUUACAGUUCAGUUCCAAACCAUAUAUAUAAGUAUAUUCUGUCAUGAUGAAUAGUACAUUUCUGUGUGAAGAACCCAAGUAGACAAAACAGUAAUUCUUACUUGUAUACUGAGGUGGAGUAUAGGAAUUCAAACUUUUGCUUUUUCAUGGAACUGUUAAAAGUGUUUGUGAAAUCAGAGUCCUUACACACUAAUCUGUUAUCUAAAUUGAUUCAAUAAAAAGUUCAUCAUUUUAUUUGUUCAUUAACUCUGAUCUGUAGCAACCACUGGGUCUUAAAUAACCCUUACUUUCAGCUUUGCCUUAUUAGUUUAAUGAGACUUUGGAAAUAAGUUCAAAAAGAAAAGUGGUUCAUUGGCAAGGUUACAUGUCCUGCUCCAGCAUUUGAAAAGGAAUAUGAACUUUAUCUAGUCUAGAAACUUCUAAGAGCUCCAUGCUUUUUGAUAUCCUUUUUAAAGCAUUAUUUCUCAGUGUUACAUUUUUUUUUGCUUUUUGUUUUUACUAGGAGCAUAACUCUGAAUGAAUGCUAAUAUCUUUUCAGUGAUGUCUGUCAUAUAAUGAAUCUUAAACCUUCAGUAUUUUUUUUUCAGACUUUCUGGUAGCAGAGGAAUGUUAGUCCCCGCAGUUCAGGAAAAAUUAGAAUCUCUUUUGAUAAUAAUGUUAUUUAAAAUAGUUAAGGAAUUGUAGUCCUUUAUAUAAUUUGCUAUUUCAAGCUGAAUUUGUCUAAGAUUUGUGGUACUAGUUUUGAAUUUAAACUGGAGUAAACUUUUCCAUUUAUUGAAAAAGUAAACAUACCAGUUAAGAUCUAAAUAAAGAUCUUGAGACCCAAAUUAAUUUCAAAAUACCCUUUAGUUAAAAAACACCAUGAUACAUCUGUGAUAAAGCAGUUGCCUUCACGGAGAGAUACUUUGUGUAAAUCUCAAGGUUGGAUUUGUACUAAGGAAUGCUUAUGGUGGAAUGUGCCUAUGGCAGCUAAGUUUCAUAAAGUGUCCACAGAAAUAUUCCUCCUCUCCUCCCACAACAUAUAUGAAACUAUUGGAAUGUAACAAUCAAACUCCAAAGAGGUCUGCAUUGUUAUGCAGAGUUCAGAAUGUGAAAAGAGACUUGAAAUUCUUCGAUUCUUGCAGCAGCUUCUUGUGCCUAGUACAUUAAUCCUCAGAGGUUCUUUUGACCUAUAGAGGAUGCAUAGAAAGGGAAUGGUUGAAGUAUCAUAUUUGUGUAUGGAAGACUGUGCCUACAACUUAUAAUUCUGGUGACUGUCUACAAUUCAUGACACUGCAGUUUGAUAACUUUUCCACAGGAACAAAGAUGGAAGUAUAUGAUUGCAUUCUUGCUGCUCAAGACCUGGAAACAUUUGUUUUAUAUUUAUCACACCAAAUUGCAGACUGUCAAAUGGGUAUAUGUACUGAAUUUUGUAUUCCCUUAGAGCAGAGCAGGGAAGAAGGAUUCUGUUUAGUCCACAAAUUCAAGAGAUGUUUUAAACUUUAAUUUCUACAACUUUGUCUAUCUUCUAUGAAUCAAAGUCAGAUGGGGAAUUGUUGAGUCAGGACAGGCCCUUCUUAUUUCUCAAAGAAGAAUCUGAUAAUUUUAAGUAAGCCCAUGUUCU